AUGUCAUCUCCUAUUAGUUACCAACUAAACCUUUGCUUUGUAUAUUUUGCAGGUAGUGAUUCUGAUAUCAGCGAAGAGACAUUGGUUGGCAAUGUUAAUAAGUUGACAGUUGUGCCACAGGGAUAUUUUGGCAAACCAAAACAAGGUCAUUUGACAUUUGAUGCUUGCUUUGAAAGUGGAAAUCUUGGACGUGUUGAUUACAUAACGGAGUACGAAUAUGAUCUGUUUAUCCGACCUGACACUUGCAAUCCUCGCUUCCGAGUCUGGUUCAAUUUCACCGUGGAAAAUGUUUCUGUUGAUCAGAGAGUCAUAUUCAACAUUGUGAAUUUCAGCAAGACAAAAUCCUUGUACCGUGAAGGGAUGUCACCCCUUGUUCGAUCUAACAGUAGACCUAAGUGGGUUCGUAUUCCAGCAAAGAAUGUCUACUAUUACCGUUGUCCUGACCAUAGGAAGAAUUAUGUAAUGUCUUUUUUGUUUUGUUUCGACAAAGAAUAUGACAUUUACCAGUUCUCCUAUUGUUUCCCUUACACUUACACCAAACUCCAGAAUUACUUGGAUUCAGUUGAGAAGAAGUAUUCCGACAUUUUCACCAGAGAGCUGCUCUGUCUUACUGUGCAAGAAAGACGUCUGGAUCUUGUAACCAUCACACAUCCAACUAAUUUAAAGAAACCUCAGAAACAAAGGAUGGUAUUUAUUACCGCUCGUGUCCAUCCAGGAGAAACACCAUCAUCAUUUGUUUGUCAAGGACUUAUUGAUUUCCUUGUAAGCAAUCAUAAUAUUGCAAAGUGUUUAAGGCAGCAUAUAAUUUUCAAAAUUGUACCAAUGCUGAACCCCGAUGGUGUCUAUGUUGGUAAUUACAGGUGUUCAUUGAUGGGAUAUGAUUUGAAUAGACAUUGGCUGGAACCUAACCCCUGGGCCCAUCCAACUCUCUAUGCAACCAAAAAUGUCCUGAUGGAAGCAGACAACAGUGAGUUUUGUGUAGUUUGCUGCGGGCUAUGUCUGGAUUUGAUUUUAAAAAAUGGAAAAAAAAUUAGACUACAUUUGGUACUGACAACCCAAAGAUGAAUUGAUGAAGGAAACUUCCAUUAUGGAUACAGGAAUUCUACAAAUCAAUGAUAUGGCACCUCUCUAUCUUCUCACCAAUAUUGUUGUGAUGCUUCCAUUUUUGGCCUUCUGCUAUAAACUACUUCCAUUUCAAAAGAGUCCCAAAAAAAAAGAAUCCCAAAUAAUCUGAGAUUCCUCAAAACAACAGUAUUGAAAUUAAACAUAUUUUAAAUCUGCGAUACAGAACAAGUUCCAAAUUCACUGGCAUCAUUCAUGUCUCUAUCAAACUUUCCAGACUUGGUUAAGUCCAUUUUUAAUGCUUCUUCUUUAUUUGUGUGACAUGACUGUCCACAGCAGAUUCCAGUUCUUCAAAUGAGUCUGUCACUGAUCUGUGCAAUAAAAUCAGGCACAAAGGAUAUUUUUCUGAAUGUUAAAGCACUGACCAACUAAAUUCUUCCAAAUGACAAUCUGUUUUCUCGUCCUUUUCUUUUUUAUUUCUUUCUUUUCUUUUCUUUUCUUUUUCUUUUUUCUUUUUGUCAUUUUAUUGGAAUACGAUA